AGAGAGAGACAAACGACGACACGAAUGUUUUUUUUAUCGGUACUCAGUGUAUGGGCGAAAUUUUUCAGAGACCAAUCAAUAUAACAACAAAGUUGAACUCAAAAAAAAAAAGAAAUAAAAGUAGUGCAAAAUGUAAUGUGAUAUUAAGGGAAAAGAUUUAAAUAAAACUUAAAGUAAAAAGAAAUCAUUUAAAUACACAAAUUAAGUUAUAUAAAUCAAGUUUAAUAAAAAAUAACAAUUCAAGAAAAUUGUGUGUGAAUCGACCACAGGGUUUUGUGUGUGCGUCUGGUGCAGAAGAAGAAAUCGAAAAAAACAAUGAUGAUAACAUCAUAAAAGAAUAAUAAUGGAUAUAGUGGAUGGGUACAACAACACUCAGUGUGAGUGAGAAAGGAAUUUUCAGCCACAAGAAAUAAUCAAAGAAAAACAUCCACAAAACUGAUCGCCCAAAUCGCAGAGAAAAUACACGACGAUAGCCACCUCCUCUCUGCUACUCAAAAUUCUCCAUAAAUUUUUUCAUUGUUUCUUCUUUGUGACUAGUGAAAAUAAACAUAUUUCGUUUUGGGCGGCAAAUUGUCUUUACCAAACGUAAAACUGGGAAAAAUUAUGAACUUGUGUUCAUCGGUGGGUGCAACAGCAUCAUCGACAUCGUUAGCAUCGGACGAUUUACAACAAGAAACAACAACUGCCUGUGGAGGCGGCGGUGGUGGUGGCGGUAGUAGUAGCGGAACGACAUCAGCAAAUUCCUGUACCGGCGGUGCUGGCGGAGGUGGUGGUGUUGCUGGCAACGUUGUAACUUUAACAACAAAUUGUUUUGGCAACUUGAGUGCACCAACAUUACUAGGAUCAUCGACGGCGGCGUCAACAUCAACACAUCAUCAUCAUCAGCAGCAGCAACAACAUCAUCAUCAGGGAAGCAGUAGUUCAAACAACAACGAAAUGCCACCAGAGACCAGACCCAAAAUGGUGACUGUAAAGCACCCAGAAUCCAAUAAACCCAAGCCGACAAUGAAAAAACCAAAACCCAUUCAGGCCGAUCAGGAUGUGCUAAAGGCACUGCAAAGGUGUCGAGAUGAGGGAAUCAAACGUCUGGAUUUAAGCAAAUCCUCAAUAACUGUCAUACCGCCCAGUGUCAAAGAUUGUGUCCACUUAACGGAAUUGUAUUUGUACAGCAAUAAAAUUGGUCAAUUGCCCCAAGAAAUUGGACAUUUGGUGUAUUUGAAAACCUUGGCUUUAAAUGAAAACUCCCUGACAUCGCUGCCGGAUUCACUGCAGCAUUGCAAACAAUUGAAAGUAUUGGAUUUGAGACACAACAAACUAGCCGAAAUACCAGCCGUGAUAUAUAAACUACGUUCACUUACCACACUGUAUUUGCGAUUCAAUCGCAUCACUACUGUGGCCAAUGAUUUGCGCAAUCUGACCAAUCUCACCAUGCUGAGUUUAAGGGAGAACAAAAUACGAGUGCUGGGCGAUUGUAUAGGAGCUUUGGUCAACCUGACAACCUUAGAUGUUAGUCACAAUCAUUUGGAGCAUCUGCCAGAGGAUAUUGGAAACUGUGUUAAUUUGAGUGCUUUAGAUUUGCAACAUAACGAGCUGCUGGACAUACCUGAAAGUAUUGGAAAUUUGAAGAAUCUUGUGCGACUGGGUUUGCGCUACAAUCGCCUGAACUGCAUACCCAACUCGCUAAAGAACUGCAAAUGCAUGGAUGAAUUCAAUGUGGAGGGUAACAGUAUUACACAACUGCCUGAUGGUCUGCUGGCUUCACUGAGUGCUUUGACAACCAUCACCUUAUCGCGCAACGCUUUCAGUAGCUACCCCACAGGUGGACCGGCCCAGUUCACCAAUGUUUAUAGUAUUAAUUUGGAACACAAUCGCAUCGACAAGAUCCCCUAUGGGAUCUUCUCGCGGGCCAAGGGUCUCACCAAACUGAAUAUGAAAGAAAACGUCCUAACCGCCUUGCCCCUUGAUGUGGGCACUUGGGUGAAUAUGGUGGAGCUGAAUUUGGCCACAAAUGCUUUACAAAAGCUGCCCGACGACAUUAUGAAUUUACAAAAUCUCGAAAUUCUUAUACUGUCCAACAAUAUGCUCAAAAAGAUACCCAAUACCAUUGGUCAGUUGCGUAAACUGCGUAUACUCGACCUGGAGGAGAAUCGCAUUGAAGUUUUGCCCAAUGAAAUUGGUCUCUUGCAUGAAUUGCAGAAACUCAUCCUGCAAACCAAUCAAAUCUCAAUGCUACCUCGUAGCAUUGGUCAUCUGACAAAUUUGACACAUCUAUCCGUGAGUGAAAACAAUUUACAAUUCUUACCCGAAGAAAUUGGUUCCUUGGAAAAUUUGGAAAAUCUCUACAUCAAUCAAAAUCCCUGUUUGGAAAAAUUGCCCUACGAACUGGCGCUGUGUACAAAUUUGAAAUAUCUAAACAUUGAUAAAUGUCCGUUGAGUACCAUACCGCCCGAAAUACAGGCCGGGGGUCCCUCAUUGGUAUUACAAUGGCUAAAAAUGCAUUCACCAUAUAGGCAGAUGUGAGUGGAUGGAGUUUUGCGUACAUAUUACGUAGGCAAUCCAUAUUACUAUCAUCAUCAACAACAACAGCAGCAGCAACAGCAACAUCAUCACGAGGAAGAAGAAAACUAACACAGAACGAAAUUGAAAUGUGUAAUAACCUGAAAGGUUAUAGGACAAAAAGAAGCAAAUGAAGGAAAAGAAACAAACUAUAUCAUAUCGUAGGAAAAUAUACACAAUUUUCUUAAGAAUUACUUACUAAAUAAUGAAACCUCUGCCUGCUGCUGUUACCUAUUUGAAACUACUUUAUUUUCUUUCUUCUUUUCAAAGAAAAGCUAUCGCAAAAAAACGAAUAUUUUUACAAAAAAAAAAUAAAAUGAAACCCCCGAUUAGAAAACGACUUCGUCUCCUCCUAAAAUAAGAAUAAUAAAAAGAUAAGAGAAAUUCAUUAUUUCUAUUCUACGACUACACAGCGAAAUAAAUCAAGGUAUUACCUACCAGCUUUUAUUCAUAUUACAAACUCACAAGUCAACAGCUACUUAUCUGCAGAGACGAAGGUACCAGGAAUAUUACUGUCCUUAAUGCUUCCAGAUACUAUUGAAAAUACGCUAGCUUGGAUUUUAUAUGGAAAACAUAAAAUGUUUGGCAGUUGGUUUGGAUCAUCAUCAAAAUCACUAUUCUAUAGGUUAAUGAUUUUGACUUAAAAUGCUUGCUGGUACUGCUGCCAAAUUAAUGUAAUACAAAAUGCCCAAAAUAGCAACAAUUCGAGAGAUCUACAAUUAUUUUAUUCUUUCCUGCGUUCGCUAAUGUCAAGAGCAACAAUAAUUUAUAACAAAAACAAUAUUUUAUUUAAAUCUAGUCAUAUGUCAAAUGGAAACGAGAUUAUUAUUUGUGUUUAAAUAAACAAGCAACAACAACAAAAUAAAUAUAUUUUUUAGACUUUAUACUUGUUUACCUAUAAUAUUUUUCAUAACAAAUCAAAAAACAUUUAAAGCUUUAAUAAUCAUAACAUUGAUACUUCUUAUUUUUAAGUUUUCGACUUGAUAUCAUUAUCACUUUUUUUGUUCAUUACAUUUAAUUACAACAGGUUUUGAUUUAUUAGAGAAAAAAACUCGCGCCAAGGAAUUGUUAAAACAAAAUUAUAACAUUUAAUAUACAUACAUAUAUUUGUAAGAACAAGAAAACAGAAAAAAAACAUAAUAAUGUAAUGUAGCCAUUAAGUAAAACAAGAACUUGUUAGUUAUAUUUGUAUGUAAAAAUUGAUAAUGUACACACAAACACACGCAUGGAUACAUACAAAAAUACACAAAUCAAAAGAAUUUUUUUUUUCAAAACUUUAUUGAUUUCAACAAUUAAAGAAUUGCAAAAAUAUGAAACAUUUUGUGUUUGCUUUUAACAGAGACACACCAACACACAAAUUUACAAAAAUACACCCAGGCUCUCACAAAACAAUAAUAAUUAUAACAACAACAAUGUAGAUGUUUAUAUGUUAUAUGUGUUUAUAAAAAAACAAUGGAAGAAAAUCAUAACAAAUGUUUCAAAAAUAAUUUAAAAUUAAGAGAAAACCAAGGAAUACCGCAUACACACACACACACGAACAACAAUCAUCCACCAACAAAAAAAAACAACAUUUCUUUUCUGUUUCGUAGAUAUAAAGAUCAAUAUUUUUGUUAUCGAUUCGAUCAAUCAUCAGGGAAAUUAACGAAAACCACAACAGGCAUGUGAUUCAUAUCGAAUCGAGGUGAUUCGUCAUAAAACGAGAAGAUGUUUAAUAUUUAUCAAUUCAAAAUCUCUAAACGAAAACGUUUAUCUGAACUGCUGCAAAAAAUCUUGGUAUUUAACCAAUAAGCAAUUUUCAUACCCAAUAAUAAUAGCAAGACAAUUUCGCACUACAAAGAAUAAUACGAAGCAAUGUACAAUUGUUAGUAGGCAUGAACAUGAUUUAGGCCAAUUUAAAUUAGGGGAAGUUACUUGCGGCAAGUUCAAAUUCUUAGCAUAAGAGGACUGAAAAAGCAAAAAAAAAGAAAUACUACCGGUACAUUUUCAGUUCCUAUUUUGUUGUAAUUACAAAUGCACAAGCCCAUGGGAAAAUCAGCAUUGUUGUCUCAUGGAAAAUUGUCUGAUGUGAAUCAGAACUAACCAUUAGGUUGUCCUAGUAAUAUAAGUUCUGAUUUACAUUGUGAUUAAAAAAUGAGGGAUCUGCAUUUGCAUGAAUAUAGGGUGAGAUACAAAAAAACUGCAACAAAGACAAACGCCAAAAUUUUGACUUUUUCUUAAAUUUUAUUCAAUGAAAGCAAAAUAUAUCGAAAAUAGCAUCAAAUUUUAGAAUAAGUUUAGAUUUGUGCGAAUUGGUCACCUUUGACACGAAUUAUGGCCCUAACGGCCAAUUAAACCGUCACACGCUGUCCGAAUGUUGCUCUGCGGUAUUUUGACCCAUUCCCGGCGAAGCGCUUGCUUGAGGUGAUCGACACUUAAUACUCUAGACACAAUAGUCCAACGGAUUGGUAUCCGGAGAUAUUGGGGUCCAUUGUGCGCUGGAAAUGAAGCGAGGAAGCGGUCAAAAUGUUUGCGUGCCCAAGGCUUUAAAACACCUUCCAGAAUAUUUUCGCGAUAAUAUUCGGCGUUUACUCUGAUGCUACGACCUGUUGUGGCCAUUUAAAAACUAUAUGGAUUUUUCUUCAAUUCAUUAACAUUAAGGGAAGAUACAACUACUAUGGUCUGCCGAGGCGAAUUUAAAAAAUUAUGUAUUUUGAAAUAUAGUAUCUAAUGGUUUACGAUGCCAAUAUUUUAACUCUCGUUGUAGAUGAAAAAUCGAAAUAUAUGUUUUGUUGUAAAAAUUUCAUCAUUUAGAAAAAAAUUUCAAAGAUGUGUAACUAAAAAGGCUUUCUUACGCGGUUACCUUAAAGAGUGUGUCCUUUUCAAUCUCUGAUGUCACAAAUUUGUUUUGAUUUUCUUAGCCUAAAGUGGAUCAUGGAUCAAUGUAAAUUAUCAUUUAAUUAUCAAAAAAAAAAAUCAAAUGUCAAAAUAAAAACCGAAAAUAAAAGCUGUUAUAUGUUCAAUAAAUUCAGAAACAACUUAAAAAAAAACAACCAAAAUUACUAGAUUUAAGUUUUAAUUUUGGUGAACUUGCAACCAUCUAUCUCUGCUCGGAUGAAACGAAUUAAAUUUUAAGUUUUUUAGUUUGAUUUAUUAGUGUUUUUUUUUUUUAAUAACUUCUAUGACAAGGAAAUUGUAAUAUUUUUUGAUACAUGACGACUUUAACUUUUAAGCUAUAACAAAUAUCAAACAAAAAAAAACAGUUUAGAAAACAAACUAUGAAAUCAACGAAUGCUGCUUUAAUUAAAAAAAAACUUUUUUUUUUCAAAAUUGUAAUUAUAUAUUUUUUUCUUUUAUAUAAAACAAAUAUUUAAUUUAUUUAUUCUUUUAAAAACGAAGAAAAUAAAACAACUUCCAAAAACAAAGUACACAAUCUUUUUGGUACAAAGAAAAACAUAAACAAAUGAAACAAUAAUAAUACUAGUUUAUCAACAUACAACAACAACACACACAAAUACAAACAAGUACUGUAAACCACCCAUUUUUUAGAAUCGUAACAGAAUUAUAAUCAUAAUUUAAAGAAACAAAUAUCAUAUAUAAAUAAAUAUAUUUAAAACAAAACAAAAAUAAUAAUAAUAAUAAAGAAAUGAAUUAAACCAACAAAUCCUUCUUAAAUAUCUCUAUAUAUAAUAAUGAAUGCCAUAUUGAAAUGUAAAAAAAAAACUAUAACUAAAUUAAAAAAUCGAAACUAAGUAUGAAAAAAACACGCACACUUUGUAAUAAAGAAAAAAUAAAUUAAAAAAUAAAACCUGUAUACAUAUAUAACAUAUACAUAUAUAUAAAUAUAUAUUUUUGUAAGUUAAAAUAUUGUUUAUGGAAUGUGUUUUGUAUUAUAUAUUUAGUAAGAAGAGAUACAUACAUACAUAUAUCUAUAUUUGUUAAAACAAAAUGCAAUUGCAACACAUGCAUAAUAUAUCUAUUAUUCAAGGAAACAACAAACAAACAUAAUUAACACUCUGUAUAACAAAAAUGUUCCCUUUUUUUGAGAAGAGACAGACAAACAAAUAUUAUUGAACAAAAAAAUUCACAUUUUUUCCCAAAAUAUGAUUUAACACAUAUGGGCGGACUGAAAGAUUGCGAGGAAGAGAAUUUAUGGGCUAAAAUUUUAAAGACAUAGAUUUCGACAGACGACAGUUUUCUUUUUUUAACACAAUUCUUUAAAUACAACUUGAGUUGAAAGUCUAAAUUAGUACCGUCAUUAGCUUUUGAAAGUCUGAUAUUUGGAUUGAAAAAGAAACGGAAACGUUUUGUUUAUUUUGUACAGGGUGAGAUAAAAAACUGCAACAAAGUCAAAAGCCAUCAUUUUUAAAUUUUAUUGAAUGAAAGCAAAAAAUGUCGGAAAUAGCAUCACAUUUUAGAAAAAGUUUAGAUUUGUUCGAAUUGGUCACCUUCGGUACGAAUAAUGGUUUUCAAACGGCCAAUGAAACCGCCUCACGCUGUCCGAAUGAUGCUUUGCGGUAUUUUGGCCCAUUCCCGGCGAAGCGCUUGCUUGAGGUGAUCGACACUUUGGUAUUUUUUAGUGCCAACCUUCUUUUUCAAAAUACUUCAGACACAAAAGUUCAACGGAUUGGUAUCCGGUGGCCAUUGUGUGCUGGAAAUGGUGACCAUUGUGUGCUGGAAAUGAAGCGAGGAACCUCAUUUUGUAACCAUUCUUGGGUGGCGAGUGCUGAGUGCGAUAAUGCUGAGUCCUGUUGGAAUGUCCAAGUUCAACGGUCAAAAUGUUUGCGUGCCCCCAAGGCUUUAAUACACCCUCCAGAAUAUUUUCACAUUAAUAACCGGUAUUUAUUCUGAUGCCACGGUCGAUUAAUACGAGCGGAGAGCGACCAUCGGCUGUUAUGGCGUACACACCAUCAUCAUGGUCGGCGCUUGAGUCCUGGUGGCCAAUCGAAGAUGCCAUUUUCAGCUGACCAAAUUCGGCAAUUCACCGCUGUCGGCCAAGCGAAGCAACUCCUUAGCUCUUUUGAGUCAUGAACUUUUGGAAUUUCAAUGGCUUUACCCCGAGCUCAUUUUUCAAUAUUUGCCGAAUGGAAUAAUGCGAUAUGUUCAGCUCACGAGCCAUUUUUCGGCCACUGCGACGCGGGUUUCAAUCAAGUCGCUUCUUUACUUUUCGAACCAUUUCUGCUGAUGUUGCUGUUUUUCUCAGUCCACUUCCUUGACGUCGGUCUGCGCUACCAGUAUCACGGUAACGAGCGAUGGUACGAGAUACAAAAGAUUUAUUCACAUUUAAAUGCUGGAGUGCUCUAACCAAAGCCACGAAUAACAUUUUUUCUGGACAAUUCCUACCAGAAUGCUUUUGUAUGCUUGUAAACAAUAUAAUGAGCUGUCAAUCGAAUAAUUUUAACAAGCGGACGAGCAGGCUUCGAAAUGACAGCAGUCUGAAGUUGGUUGCAGCUUUUUCAUCUCAACCUGUAUAAUGAUUUUUUGUCUCCCGCCCUGAUGUUUAGGUAUAACAUCUCCACUUCGCCAUUGUUGAACCUUGCCCUUUUAGCCCACUCUUGUGUCAUUUCAAUUUUUGCCAUAACUGUUAUAAAUCUAAACGAAAACCCCGAAAAACAAUUUAAAUACUAUAUACAUAUGUAUGUAUAUGUAAAUUAUUUAUUAAAUAUUCCCUGAUUUAAUAUAUAUUUCUUUUUAUAAAAUCCAUUAAAAAAUUACUUUUUCGAAAUAGGAGAAAAACAUCUACAGAAAGUAAAUAAAAAAACCGAAACAAAACAGAAAAAUAAUAACCCAUAAAUGUAUUCAACAAAAGAAGUGAACAAAAAAAUAAAUACUAUUUAAAAUAAAACCAAUUGCAAAUACUAAAAAAAAAUUGUAAACAAGUUAUAUAUACAUGGAAAAAAAAGAAGGAAAACAAUAACAAUAAAAAAAAACAA